AGGAGACGAGUGAUUGUUGACUUAUACCUCUCCGUUAAAGCUUGAGCACCUUCUUCGUCAUCUCUGGUCACUCUCCGUUUGGCGCCAUGUCAGCCUUGUCUGUGAUCGAACAACGAUUGUUAAAGUGGGACAAGCUCGCGUCUUUAGUACCCAAACCAAAGAAACCUCUGUUUCCGAUUGAUCGUCUUAACGAGCUUUUGAAAGCCUGUGCUAAUUCAAGUUAUCUAAGAACUGGAGAAUCGAUUCACGCUCAUUUGAUUGUUACCAACCAAUCAUCUACAGCUAAAGACGUGUAUCAGACCACUUCUCUGAUUAAUCUCUAUGUGAAAUGCAGAGAAACUGUUCGUGCACGCAAGGUGUUCGAUUUAAUGCCUGAGAGAAAUGUUGUUUCUUGGUGUGCGAUGAUGAAGGGUUAUCAAAAUUCUGGGUUUGAUUUUGAAGUUUUGAAGCUUUUUAAAAGUAUGGUUUUUUCUGGUGAAUCGAGACCUAAUGAGUUUGUAGCUACUGUGGUUUUUAAAUCUUGUUCAAGCUCUGGGAGGAUUGAAGAAGGUAAACAGUUUCAUGGUUGUUUUCUUAAAUCUGGUUUGAUGUCUCAUGAGUUUGUACGGAAUACUCUUGUUUACAUGUAUUCUUUGUGUUCGGGCAAUGGAGAGGCUAUACGAGUUUUGGAUGAUCUUCCUUAUUGUGAUCUUUCUGUGUUUAGUUCAGCUCUUAGUGGUUAUUUAGAGUGUGGUGCUUUUAAAGAAGGGGCUGAGGUUUUGAGAAGGAUGGCUAAGGAAGAUUUGGUUUGGGACAACAUUACGUAUUUGUCUUGUUUACGGCUUUGCUCCAAUCUUAGAGAUUUGAAUUUGGCUAGGCAGAUUCAUAGCCGAAUGGUGAGGUUUGGUUUCAACUCUGAAGUUGAGGCAUGUGGUGCAAUCAUUAAUAUGUAUGGGAAAUGUGGUAAAGUCCUAUAUGCGCAGAGAGUUUUCGACAAUACACACGCUCAAAACAUUGUCUUGAAUACAACGAUAAUGGAUGCUUACUUCCAGGAUAAGUCUUUUGAGGAAGCUCUGAAUCUGUUCUCAAAGAUGGACACUAAAGAGGUUCCCCCGAAUGAGUACACCUUUGCUAUUUCGUUGAAUUCAAUUGCAGAGCUUUCCCUUCUAAAACAUGGCGAUCUUCUACAUGGGCUUGUUUUAAAAUCUGGUUAUAGGAACCAUGUAAUGGUGGGCAAUGCAUUGGUUAACAUGUACGCUAAAAGUGGCAGCAUUGAGGAUGCAAGGAAAGCAUUCUCAGGCAUGACUUUUAGAGAUAUAGUUACUUGGAACACAAUGAUAUGUGGAUUCUCACAUCAUGGAUUGGGGAGGGAAGGGCUUGAAGCCUUUGAUAGAAUGAUGAUUGCUGGAGAGAUUCCCAAUCGCAUAACUUUUAUCGGCGUUUUGCAGGCUUGUAGCCAUGUUGGUUUUGUGGAGCAAGGGCUUUAUUACUUUAAUCAGCUAAUGAAGAAAUUUGAUGUUCAGCCUGAUCUACAGCAUUAUACAUGCAUUGUUGGACUUUUGAGCAAGGCUGGAAUGUUCAAGGAUGCUGAGGAUUUCAUGAGAACAGCUCCGAUUGAAUGGGACGUUGUUGCGUGGAGAGCUUUGCUAAAUGCUUGUUAUGUUCGCCGGAAUUUUAGUUUAGGAAAGAAGGUAGCAGAAUAUGCCAUUUAUAAGUAUCCAAACGAUUCUGGAGUUUACGUGUUGUUAUCCAAUAUCCAUGCCAAGUCAAGGGAGUGGGAAGGCGUGGCAAAAGUGCGUUCUUUGAUGAAUAAUAGAGGUGUUAAGAAGGAGCCUGGAGUCAGCUGGAUAGGGAUACGGAAUCAAACCCAUGUGUUUCUUGCAGAGGAAAAUCAACACCCCGAGAUUACGCUGAUUUAUGCAAAGAUUAAGGAAGUUUUGUCAAAGAUUAGGCCAUUAGGGUAUUCUCCUGAUGUUGCUGGAGUUUUCCAUGAUGUCGAUGAAGAACAGAGAGAAGAUAACCUCUCUUAUCAUAGUGAGAAGCUAGCUGUGGCAUAUGGUCUGAUGAAAACGCCAGAGAACUCACCAUUGUACGUGACUAAAAACGUGAGGAUAUGUGAUGAUUGUCACUCUGCAAUUAAGCUUAUCUCGAAGAUCUCAAAACGAUACAUAGUUAUCAGAGAUUCCAAUCGGUUCCAUCAUUUCCGAGAUGGUCAGUGUUCUUGCUGUGAUUACUGGUGAAGAUAUAAACCAAAGGUUGAACUAGUGUGACGUGGAGCUCUUGCGCCUCCUCUAUUGCGGCCUCAUGAGCUUUGGUUAUCGUAAGUAGUAAUAAAAUAAGUUGCAAUUC